CCGGAGAUGACGUCUGGCGCUCCGCGGAGCCGCUGCUAAGAUGGUGUCGGUGACUCUCGCUACUUCAGAGUGGAUCCAGUUUUUCAAAGAUGCUGGAAUUCCAGCUGGACCAGCUGUCAACUAUGCUGUUAGCUUUGUGGACAACAGGAUACAGAAGAAUAUGCUCAUGGACCUCACCAAAGAUAUCAUGAAUGAACUGGGUAUCUCCGUUGUUGGAGAUAUUAUUGCUAUUCUCAAACACGCCAAAGUGGUGUACAAACAGGAACUUGCUAAGGUGGCAACAGAGUCUAUAAGCACCAGUCAUGGAAAUGUGCAAUUUGAUUUAAAAAGAACAGCCAGCUCCCCUGCCUCUAGAAUGAUUGCUAACAGUUUGAGCAGAGAAUCCCCACCUUCUACCCCUGUUCGGAGACCUGAAACAAGCACUUCCAAGAUAUCCGUCACUGUGGCCAACAAACUGGCCACAAAGAAAGCAGUUCUAUCUAGACCAGCUGAUCCAGGUCCUGAAACCUCUGCAAAGCGACGCCGUGUGACUGCAGAAAUGGAAGGUAAAUACAUAAUCAAUAUGCCAAAAGGAACAACUGCAAAAACUAAGAAAAUCCUGGAACAGCAAGCCUCGAAAGGUUUGCCAAGAAUGUCUGUUUUUGAUAGACUUGGCGCAGAAGCAAAAGCAGACACCACGACUGGGAGCAAGCCAACAGGAGUCUUCAGCCGUCUGGGUGAAGUUGUCAGUCAAAAGAAAGAGAGCAGUGAUGAGGAUGAUGCAGGAUCUGUGCUUCAGUAUGCUGGAGUCUUGAAGAGAGCCCCAGCUGCAACUGCAAAGGAGACUACAAAGCCCACGCUUGCAACCACGGAGAAAAUCUUAGCUGCCAAAGCCAAGAAUACAGUUACCACAAUAAGGCGGUUGUCUCUCCCUAAAGCCAGCAGCAAGACAGUCCCAAGCAGUGAGCCCACAGCAGCAACAUCCACACUCAGAUUGCAGUCAGCGGCUAAAGCUAAGGUCAGUGUCAGACAGAGACUAGGGAAGCCCGGUGCCACCGAGGCAGACACACAGGACAACAAAGUCACCAGCACCAAAAGUCGAGGCAGCCCCGAGUUCACUGUGACCAUCAAGAACACUGCACGGACUGCAGUUAGUACCAAAGUGACCAGCAGCACUGAGGGUCGACUUGCUCAGAUGGACUCCACAGGAACUGUCAGUGUUUUUGAAAGGCUGGGGAAGAAGCUGAAGUAGUGAGAUCUCACCAAGGCACACAUAUAACUUUAUUUUUGUAUGUACAAAAGGUGCCUCUUUAGUCAUGGAUAAACACCGCUUCUAACAAUGA